CCGGGGCGACUUUCCGUCGUCGGAAUUAUGGUCCUCGUCAUCCCACUGCUGAGCCUGGCGCUGGUUCCGACCGUCGAUGGGGCCGCCGUGGCGGCAAGCAAGCUGGAACCCGUCCAUCACCGGUGGAGCCGCUCGGAGGCGAUGGACCCGAACGGGCUGUACACGCUCGAUUGGUACGUCGACCAGAAGGACAUCGUCUUCACGGCCACGGCCAACACGCGCGGUUUCAUGGGGCUCGGCUUUUCGCACCGAUCGGAGCGAAUGGCCGGCUCGGAUCUCGUCCUGGUGUGGGUGGACGAUCGUACCGGCAAACCCAACGUGCUGGAUUGCCAUGGCUCGAAGGAUAACCACCACGUGCCGGUGCAGGACGAUACGCAAAACUACCACAUCGAGAGUGGAUUCCAGAACCUGACGCAUACCAGUGUCACCUUCCGACGAGCGCUCGAGACUUGCGACCCACACGAUGUCAUCAUUGGGACGGAUACGAUGAAAAUACUCUGGUCGUACGGCGAUCGGGACCCGGUGGCGGGCAGUCUGAAGGGCCACGGGAAAAACCGAGGCGCCCGGUCGAUACACUUCCUCGGGCCAAUGUUCCGCCGGCCAGCCGACGCCCUGCAGCGGGAUGACCUGCGCCAGUGGGACGUCACGGUGAAGAACGUCUCCAUCGAUGCCAGCAUGGACACGCUCUAUUGGUGCAAGAUUCUCAAGGCACCGACGCUUCGCGAGAAGCAUCACAUCAUCGGCUACGAGGCACUGCUGACGAAGGAAAGCUCCACCAAACAACCGCUCGUGCACCAUAUGACCCUCUUCGAGUGUUCGAUCAACUCCUACCCCGGCUCGGACCCUAACUCCUGGGACGUUUGGGUAAAAAGCAGCGGCGCGGUGUGCAACAGCAACCUCCUAACGCCACGUGACUGGGAAUCGUGCAUUACACCGGUGGCAACGUGGGGCGUUGGGGCAUCCGGUCAGUUCCUGCCCGAGCACAUUGGCAUCCCGAUCGGGGGAGACAAGGGUGCACCGAAGUACUACAUGCUCGAGGUGCACUACGACAAUCCGCGCGCCAAGCGCGUUCUCGAUCACUCCGGCUUCCGGCUCCACUACACACGCCACGUCCGAAAGCACGACGCCGGCAUCAUGAUAUCGGGCGUGUCCGUCUCCGACACGCACAUGAUACCGCCGGGCCAGAAGCUGUACCGUAACGUCGGUAUCUGUGGCCCAUCGUGCACCGGAGCCGUCUUCCCGGCCGAGGGCAUCAAUAUCGUGUCGGCAGCACUGCACUCCCAUGUCGCCGGCCGUAAGAUGGCCCUGCGGCACGUACGCGAUGGUAAGGAGCUACCGCGGGUCGUGGAGGACGACAACUAUAGUCACAACUUCCAGCAGAUCCGUCAGCUGGAGAACGAAACGAAUGUACUGCCCGGAGACUAUCUAAUCACCGACUGCGCCUACGAGACCGUUGGACGACGACGGCCCACGCUCGGUGGGUACUCGACCAAACAGGAGAUGUGCCUGUCGUUUAUUACCUACUACCCCAAGAUUGAGCUGGCCGGCUGCUACAGCAUGACCCCGGUGAAGGAAUUCUUCGAGACGUUCGGUGUGUUUCAGUUCUACGCGAUGAACAUGACCGACGUGGAGAACCUGUUCCUCUACAAUGGCAACUUUCUCGAUCUGCUGCCGACGACCGUGUUCCCGAACUUUGCCCCCGGCGGUGACGUAGACGACGAGCAGAACCAGCUCGCGAUCAAGGCGCUCCAGAAUGCGAAAGAGUACAGCAUUGUCGAUGAGGAGGACAUCCUGUACCGGGAGUCAAUACUGAACCGAUUGAUCAUCUCCGACCCGGUAGAGUUCCAUGAUCGUACCUUCCUGUCGCACCUGAACCAGCUACCGUGGUCCGAGCCACUGUUUACGCGCCGGGUCGAGCAGAGCAUUCUCACCGGCAAGCAUAUGACGUUCUGCCGGGUGUCGAGUGCUUCCCUUUCGGUGGCCUCGGAAAUAUUCAAAUACCCUGCCUUUGACACGUUCGUCAAAGAACCGAGCCAGUGCCCGUACCAUCUGUUUAUGGAGCUUGCGAACCACGCUUCCACGGCCACCGUGCGCACGAUGUCCAGCACGAAACUGCUUAUUUUGGCCCUCGUGCUCGUCCUUUAUCGACGAUUACAUUCCAGGACCGCCGCGUUCCAUCACUAGCAGCAGCCACCGCUCGCAACAUAGAGUUUCUUCUUUUUCCCGGCUCACUAAAAUCGGAACAACGCCUUAAUGGCCACCUCCAAGUCCAAGGAAUUUGGGUGAGGAUUGUGUCCCCGGGCCGGGAAUUAUGAAAACUCUAGCAACAGCAAUUUUGCCGGCCAACCGUUUGGCAGUUUCACACUCUUAUUUAUUACCAUUCCCCGUUCCCGUUGCAAGAGGGCUUUCUUUUCAGCGGCCUACCUGUGUGCGGCGUUGUGAUGACGCAGGUCUUGUCCAUGUUGCUCCUACCGAAAGGGUAGCCACGAGCGUGCUCUACGCGAGGUAGCAUAAAUCACGCCACGCGCAUAUUUGGCCCCUGUUUCCCGCCCCUUCCCUCGUUAUAAUGUUAUUUAAUAAGCUGUACGACUAUAAUUUCCUCUAAUUUAUUAACUACCGCCACGUUCUAUUGUGUAAUUCGCGUAUUAUUGCUUUCGUUGCCUUUUAUUGUCAUGAUUAGUCUUUGCUUGUGCCGCUGCAUCUACACGCGCUUGCGGAAUACGCACCAGAUUCUUUUUUUUUUAUUUGCUAGAAUCUAUUCCGUUAAGCACCAGACCACCCCGACCAGGGCUUCCCUAUGGCACGAUUAUAUUAAUCUUCGUUUUGUUCCGAACAAUUAUUGGCAUUGACAGGCAUCUGAUUUAAGGACAUGCCCUGUUCGAAGUUCUCAGCAAUGCCGGUACUGACCAUCCAAGAAAAUCAUGCGAAGAAAACAAAUGUAUGAAGCUACGGAGAUGGUAGAAUGGAUUUUUCUAUUCAUCAGGAUGAGCUAUUGGUCCAUUUCCUCGAUGCAUUAUUAAUUUGUACAAAGUCACAGGGUAUGUCGUCCUACGAGUCCUCGGAAAAUAUGUGUUUACUUUGUAAACUACGGCCAUAAAUUUGGCCAGCUAAAUUUUUACACGCUUAUCAUACUGACCACAGCCACUGUUCAGAUCGCAUGGGAAGUUUUGGUUGGGAGUGCGGUUUAAGACGUAACGGAUUAGAAAUGCCAAAGGUUAAAUCGUUAUACAUACAUCCCGCUAAAGGAUCUUGAAUGUAAACGAAGCAUUAGGUUAAGAAAUCUCACCCAUUAAUUGAAUAAUCCCAACAAACUAUCCAUAAGACAGGACACAUCGGCUGUAGAUAAGUGAGUGGCAAAUCUGUCAUCAUCAGUGCGUUGACGAUCAACGAUCAGGCCCAUACAGUAUAAGUUAAAAACGUAAAAGCUGCUGCCGAUAUUCUUCCCCCGGGAGCUCUGUUAAAAUGCCCCAAUGGGGGGAGGAAAAUGCUAGUGUUUGUAAGUUGAGUUUAAUAAGUGAUACUAGCAAGUCAUGAAAACAUUCAAAUGCAUUUAGAAUACUUUAGGAACAGUAUUUUUGUGUAAAAUAAUCUUUUAAUUCCACUAUAACAUAAAACUUUAGCUUAAGUCAUCUUUGAUUGUACAAGAGAGAAAAUCAAUA